ACCACACUCACUCCCCUUCACUCUUCCUUGCCUGGCUGGGAGAGAAGAGAAGAGUUUGUCCCCUCUUCCUCUCUCUUCUCCUUCCAAGGAAAUGUGAUUGUUGGCUGAGAAUUCUGGACUAGAACCUGUUCAGGGAUUUCUUUCCCUUGUGAGAAGAGAGAGGAAGAGCAUCUUGGAUCCAGUUUGAGUGGUUCCAGCAUGGAGAGACCCAACUCACCUGGACCUGAAGCACAACUUGGGAGCAAUGAGGCAUCCUGGAAAAAAACAACACACAAGUUCCAGAAUGUGGACCUAUAUAGCUCAGACACAAAACGCCAGCGCUUCAGGCAUUCCUCCUUCCGAGAGGGUGAGGGACCCAGAGAGGUUUGCAGCCGCCUCCACUCUCUCUGCCGCCAGUGGCUGAAGCCAGAGCAACACACCAAGGCGGAGAUGCUGGACCUGGUGAUCCUGGAGCAGUUCCUGAGCAUCCUGCCCCCAGAGAUGGGGAGCUGGGUCCGAGAGUGUGGGGCAGAGACCUCUUCCCAGGCAGUGGCCCUGGCGGAAGGCUUCCUCCUGAGUCGGGCAGAGGACGAGAAGCAGCAAGGACAGGUGAGAGCAUUGCCUCGUGGCUUCACUCACCUUGCCACUGUGGAGCCCCCGGUCCAAAGUAACUGCAUUAAAGUCCAACCUGAUGUCUCUGAAUCAGAGAAACAUCUAUCAGACGCCACCCAGAGACUCCAGCAGAAGGACCUCAAGCAGGAAGAAGAUUGGGCUACAGCCUUGGAGGUAGAUAACUGGGAGAGGAGCAAUGUAUGCACCAAAUGCAGGAAGCAUUUUGGGCACAACGGGGGCCUUUGUAGACACCAGCAAGCCCAGAGCGAAGAUGAAGAUUCUGCCGGAGAAAGGCCCUACAAAUGCAAUGAAUGGUUGUCUUCUCUUAUUUAG